AUGUGAAGUUAGAAAUGCAAUCUGGAGAUAAGACCAUGUAGUUUACAGCACUAUUCACACCGAGCUGAUCCCUUUACUGCACCAAUGUUAACAAAUGUCUGAGAAAAUAUACCAUUUAAUUAAAUGGUAUCAGUUAACAUUGCACAGUUGGUUCAGCUGUUGCCCAUCCAGUCAGUUAAUUGGUCAAUCGUGGACUUUGUGAUGGGUUUGACAAAUACACAUCACAUCCCGUAGCCUGCUGUAUGCAGUCACUGGGUUUAUCUGUUGUAUCAUGUUUCCCCUCACUGAUUUAGUGUCUCCCUGUUGUCACUCAUUACUUCAUUUGGUGCUCAUUUGCAGGGAGAAAGGGCAAACAAAAGUGAAAAUGACAUUCCUGCUGAAUGACAUUCUGUUUAUGAGUAGAGAACAGCUAGUUAUUUGCUAUUGUUGCAACUUGCAAGACAAGCAUUCAUCUUAGAGGCAGGGGAUUUUAACUUAUGUAAGUUUAAAAUUGCUAUACAUGGCACAUAGCAGUUUUUGUUAUUUUUCCCCAAAAUACCUGACUUAUUUAGGCGUCUAAAUAAGGAGGAGUCUAUUUGAAACAGUUUGAGUUUCCCUCAGUAUUUGACUGUAGACAACCACUGAUUUGCAUACAAAAGCAUUUAGGGUUUUACAGUUAUCAUACUUAUCAUAUCUGGGGCAGAGUUGAAGUGCUUGCUGCUACUUGACGCCACUGCGAAGUUAGGCCAGCCCACAUUCAAACUAAUUGCAGUGUGAGCUGGUGGAAUGGCUUAAUGUCUAACUAAAGCAUGUGGUUUCCUUUUCACUCAUUUAUUCACUUACUAUUUUAUUUAUUUUUGCUGACAAAAAACAAGGCAGCUCUAAAACUGACGAAGUGUUUUCUUCACGGUAUAAUUUUCGGUCGUCGUGGUAAAAUCCUAGCCUACUACAAAACCUACACCUUUAACAAAUCAAUGUCGCUAUCAGUCAGGGCUUUCUUCACGCUAGAAGAGUCUAUACAAAGAGUGAACUGCUCACAUAAGUCCAUGACAGCUGGACAGAAAACAACGUGGCCACAAACACAAGCCAACAAGCCAAAAUGUGUGGGUGAAAUCCCAGAGUUCCUCCUGCUAGGAAGGUGUGGGCUGACAUGACGUCUGGGCGUGUCGUUUACGCAGGUAGUUUCGACACUCUUCCCUCGCGCUAUCCAGGUCAUUACCACUCUCUGCUUGUAUGGCAAAGCUUCAUCAAGUCAAAGGAAGAAGAAGGCAAAUCAACAAAUUAGGAUAACGGGGCAGCGGCUGAAUCAAAAACAAAGUCUGGAGGUAUCAUCCUAACCGACAACCUUUUGAACAAGUCCCUCCAGCACAACAACUACAGCACAAUCCCAUAAAGACAUUCAGAGUAGUUUACAGUUGACGACAACUUAUUUUAUAGGCUUUAAUCCUGUCUGUAUGUGUGACUGAGAUGACUGCAUCCCAAACCUGCUGAGAGCUCCUUGAAAAACAAUGCAACCAGUAGGUCCUCCCGCUCCACCUCCGCCACCACCGCCGCCACCUCCACCACCUCCACCACCUCCACCUCCACCUCCAGGCCCUGGCCUCCCUCCAUCCCUACAUGGCGCUGGCCUCAUUGCCAAGGGAGCGCACCGGCGCUCCAGGAUGCGCAAUUUCAACUGGGAAACCCUUCCUAAACACAGUGUGGUAGGAAAGCACAACAUCUGGACGGCAGAUAAGAGUGAUGGGGAAUAUGAGCUGGACACUGUUCACAUGGAGGAGCUGUUCAGCCACAAGCAGGGCCAGCAACAACUCAAGGCCCUGAACCGCCAGAGUCUGAGGGGCCUGCCGACUGCCGCCUCAGGAGGCGUAAUGGUUUCCAUCCUCAACUCCAAGAGUAGCAUGAACAUUGGAAUUUUCCUAAAGCAAUUCAAGCGGCCUGUAAAAGACAUGAUUGAAGAAAUCAAAUCCGGAAGUAGUCUCACUUUUGGUUCUGGAAAGCUGAGGGAGCUGUUCAAGCUGCUGCCAGAUGAAGGGGAGGGGAAGCAGCUGCUCAGUUUUAAGGGCAACCCCUCCACUCUGCCUGAAGCAGAUCUCUUUAUGCUAAUGCUGGUUAAGAUUCCCAGCUAUGAAGAGCGUCUUAGCAGCUUGGUGCUCAAAGAGGAAUUUUUCCCCCUCAUGAAUGAACUGAAAGGAUGCAUUGGCACGUUGACAGCAGCUGGAAAGGAGCUGUUGGACUCUGAUAAUCUCCAUUCUGUCAUUCGGCUGGUACUGAAGACUGGAAAUUACAUGAAUGCUGGUGGCUAUGCAGGCAGUGCAAUUGGCUUCCGAAUGUCUUCUUUGUUAAAGCUUGUGGACACCAAAGCAAACAAACCCGGAAUGAAUCUUAUGCAUUAUGUUGUGAUGCAAGCUCAGAAGGCAGAUGUUGACCUGCUUACAUUUACAGACCAACUCCAACACCUUGAAGCUGCAGCGAGAAUGAAUAAAGGUGAAAUUGAAGCAGAGUUUGAAAAACAGGUAAGGAAAGUUCAAGCUGCCAAAGCUGACACCUUGAAGCAAGAAGACCUAAAGGCACAGAUGGAGGAUUAUCUGAAGGAGACUGAGGUCUGCUUGGCAGAAAUACAGUCUGAUCUUCAGGAAUUGCAGUCAGUGAGUGACUCUGUGGCAGAGUACUUCUGUGAAAACCCAAACAUGUUCAAAUUGGAGGAGUGCUUCUCCAUUUUCAACUCCUUUUGUGAGAGGUUUAUGCGGGCCAUGCAGGAAAACAAGUCUCGCGAGGUGGCAGAGGUGCAGCGGAGACACAGAGACAGAUUGCAGAGCGUCGCCAAACGUAGGUCCACAGCUACCUGCUCCAGUAGAGACAAGGAAAUGGAUGGAAUUGCGUUGCAGUCAAUACUACAGAACUUCCUUACGAAGGGUGUCUCUCGGAGGAGACCCGGAAGUCGGCCCUCAUCCACUCAUGGAAGCCCCACGAUUGGCAGCCCCAACAACGGGAGGCUAUCAGAAAUUCAGGUGAACCUCCCUACUGGAAAACAAAUAAGAGGAAUAUCUUUAAGAGCUAAGGACAUGUGCAGAAAAGAGUGGAAUUCAGCAGUUGAACUCACAGAGAACCUUUCACAAAAGAAAGAUCAGUCUAAUGGUGAGGAAAACAAGGCAAAAUGUGGUAUUCCUUAUGAACAAGAGGGGAAAACUUCCAUAAAAAAGGACUCCAAAGGUUUUACACACCCAGCCAAUAAGACCACCGACAUUUCCUCCUCAGGCAGAUCUUUCUCAGCUGCCAGUGAUGAUAGUGAGGACGAUCUACAGGAUAAUAACGAGGAGGAGGCUCAAAGGUUGCGUGAAGCAUCUAAAAAGGUUUUGCACUUUCAGAACAGCCGCAGCAGUGUCUCAUCUGAUGACUAUUUUCGGGACAAUGAGAAAUCUCCUGGUCCAAUUAGCACCUUGCCUCGUCAACGCACCUUUGAUGAGGACACAGAGAGAUAUCCCGAAGACCCCACCAAUAAGGACUUAGUAAGACUUUUGCUAGAGCCUCAGUCCUCCUCCAAACGUAACCUUGGCCGCCGCUAUACUCUACCUACCAAAUUCCCUAAAACUGAGGCAGAGGAAGACAAUCUGUUCACUACGCCUCCAGUCAGAACUCCUAAUUCUGUGGCAAGAGAAAAAGGGACACUACCAGUAGAAGCCGCUGAACAAAAUCCCUCAAAACAUGUGUUUGACUUUACUGACACGUCUCACAACUUUCAAAAAUCUGGUGCUCAAGACCAGAAUUCUCUGUCAGGAGAAAAGCCAAGCAAGCCAAAUGUUUCUGUAACCCAUGUUCCAGAUGAUGGUCUUGGGGAACAAAACGAAGUGGGCAAAUCAGUGGAGCCCAUGGACAAACCCUCGCCGAGGAAUAGUGAAAAUGUUCCCCCGAAAAGUACGUGGAAUAAGACUGAAAACUCUGGGCUUUUUUUUAGCUUUUUAAAACGCCUUGGAGACCUGAGCAAACUGCAGAACAGCAAUGAAACUGUCCACAAGGGCACUGGUUCUGGUGUGUAAAUAUUAAGAUGUAUCACAUUUAAGGUCAGGGAAGCACAUGUAACUUUAGUAUUACUUGUAAUUAACUCAUCAUGGUGAUGAUGUAGUGUUAUAUUUAAUGUUACUAUUGUAAAUUAAUAACGAGGUCGUUAAGAAAUGGAGAGAAGGUUCUAGUAAAGUGGUUGGAGAAUGUUUUUUGUUCAGGAAAGGCCAUUUUAUAUGUGGUACCACUAGAUGGCAGAAUAUAACAGGAACACAGUAAACUGUUGCUCAGAAGAUAUGGGUGUUGUUGAUCUCUAGGCAAGGUGUAUACUGCCAAGUAAACAGAACAAUGGGCGCACACACACUGUAAAACAUGUUUUAUUCUAACAUUACGUGUGCAACGUUGCAGAAUGUAUUGAGCAAGUAAAUGAAUGUGUGAACAUAGAGAGAUCGGACUGUAUGUAAAAUCUUGGUUUUAUUCUUAUUUUUGAUACUUUGAUAAAUUACUACUUGUACUGCACGCUUGAAUUCAAUACUGAUGUUUUUCUUUUUUGCCUCUUUGCGUUCCUCCUCAGUUGUCAGUCACAGAAUCACAACAAAAAUGCAGAAGGUUGAGGAUGCUUUCAGGGUCUCACUCAAUUCAGCCAUUGUUCUGAGCUAAAAUGGGUCAGUGUUACAAAGGCAGUCAG